CUCUUGUUCCUGAAGAGAGAGAGAGAGAGAGAUAGACUGACCGUUUCUGGUUCACCGAUGAUCUGUUCCGGUCGUAUUCUGGCCGUGUCCUUCGCGGCGAAACCUCGGUGUCCCUGCAGCAAUUCGCCGUUCCCCAGCUCCAGAGUCGGACGGCUGAAGCCCGGCUCCAGCUUCAGAUGGCGAUCCAUGGCCACCGACCCCGAGUCUUCCUCCUUCGCCCCUCCCGUCGAUUCUGAUGCUCCCGAUAAGACCGCCGCUGGAUUUUGUAUCAUAGAAGGGCCCGAGACAGUGCAGGACUUUGCUAAGAUGGAACUGCAAGAAAUCCAAGACAAUAUCCGAAGUCGGCGGAAUAAAAUCUUUCUACACAUGGAGGAGGUGCGUCGGCUGAGGAUACAGCAGAGAAUUAAAAGUGCCGAACUUGGUGUAUUACAGGGCGAGCAGGAAAAUGAGCUCCCAAACUUCCCAUCAUUCAUCCCUUUCUUGCCCCCUCUAAGUUCAGCAAAUCUCAAACGGUACUACGCCACUUGUUUUUCUCUCAUUGCCGGGAUUAUUAUCUUCGGUGGCCUUCUAGCACCCACUUUGGAACUUAAGCUGGGACUAGGGGGUACGUCUUAUGAAGACUUCAUUCGAAACGUGCAUCUGCCUAUGCAGUUGAGCCAGGUUGAUCCUAUAGUGGCAUCCUUCUCUGGAGGAGCUGUUGGGGUGAUCUCAGCUCUGAUGGUUGUUGAGAUAAACAAUGUAAAGCUGCAAGAGGAUAAAAGAUGCAAAUACUGUCUUGGGACUGGAUAUCUUGCCUGUGCUCGUUGUUCAAGUACAGGGGCCCUUGUUCUUAUCGAGCCAAUCUCAUCAUUCAAUGGUAGCGAUCAACCUCUGUCAGCUCCUAAGACAGAGAGAUGUUCAAACUGCUCAGGAUCCGGAAAGGUUAUGUGUCCGACAUGCCUCUGCACUGGAAUGGCUAUGGCCAGCGAGCAUGACCCAAGAAUAGAUCCCUUCGAUUAAGGAUAUGCCGCAUUUUCGAAUGAGAAGUUGAAUUGUGUGUACACGAAUAGAUAUCUGUGGCGCUUGUAAGUUGCAUCAUAUGUGAUAUCGACAAUUCCUUAAAGAAAGGGUAAGGAAGAUUGCAGAUGGAGCUUUGAGCUUGAAAUUUAUUUAACAGACUCAUGAAAGGGUCUUCUCACAAUUUCUAUUUGCCUUGGAGCAUUGCACUUGAUAACUCCAAGCAGCCUUGCUCUCCUAUAAAUAUACUCAAAGACUGUGUUUGGUCGUC